CGCCCUGACUACAAGGUUCCGGAUCCAGGAUGGGUCUGUAUGUUGUCGACGUGGCGGCGCCGCGAAGGGCGGGGUGUUAGAGUGUGUUGGGGAGAGAAAGAGAGAGCGGGGCGAAGUAGUGCGCGUGGACAGAUAUGAUUGGCAAUGUCUGAGGCAGAGGAUGGCACAAGGACUGAUAUUUCGGCUGCAGUGGCAAGCUUGUCUGUGGAAGAUGAGUUCAGUGUACCAUCUAGAAAUGAUGCUGAAGUUCCAGCCACUGCAACGUCUUCACAGCUGAGUGAUUCUUUGGUGUCCAACCCCAAUCUAGUGCCAAUUAAGAAUAAGAGCUCCAUCCAACAAGACACCGUACGCCAAACUGAGGCUGGGGAUGAACCUAAGCCAAGUGACCCAUUAGAAGAGAGUGCAGCAAAUUAUUCUGUGUUGACAGAAGAAACAAUUAACAUAUCUGCUGGGUGCAAGGAAGCAGUAAGUCUUGAUCCAGAAUCCAUCAGAUUUCAGGUGAUUGAUGAACUUGCAUCAACAGAGGAAAAUGUUGAGGAAUCAACUUCUGACAAAAGAAAAGCCUGGGGAUCCUGGGGAACCUGGGGGAAAUCGUUGCUGUCCACAGCAACUGCAACUGUUGGUCAUGGGCUGAGCACUGUAAUGGAGAAAGCAGAAGCAUCCCUUAAAAUACAUAGUUCCCAAACAUCUGAGGAGACGACACUGCCUGAGCCAAAUGAAGUUACAGCAAUAUCAGAUCCACAAGAAGAAACUGACUCUGUACAUGUUCCACCCUCUUCCCCCUCAGCUGGAUCUCGUGGCAUGCUUUCAACAAUUUCUAAUGUUGUUCAAAGCACAGGUAAAACUGUGAUCACAGGUGGCUUGGAUGCACUAGAAUUUAUUGGCAAGAAGACCAUGAAUGUCCUUGCAGAGAGUGACCCUGGAUUCAAGAAAACAAAAAUAUUAAUACAUCGAACUGCUACUUUGUCCCAGAUGUUAAGGGAAGCAAAAGAAAAGGAGAAACAAAGAACUACUGUUGAGAAGACUGCUCACUAUGGGAUGUUGUUUGAUGACUUUCAAGGGCUAUCACAUUUGGAAGCUUUGGAAAUUUUGUCCAAUGAGAGUGAGAUAAAAGUUCAGUCGGUUUUGAUGUCUCUCACGGGGGAAGAAUUGGAGACUGUGAAGAAGGACUUGGUCAGUAUUAAAGAGGUUUUCUUACUCAAAGAAAUAAAUACAGAGGAAGAACAAGAGGAGGAAAAAGGCAAUGAUAAUGAGUUUGUGUACAUGCUAACUGAGCUGCUAUUUGAGUUACAUGUCGCUGCUACUCCAGACAAGCUUAAUAAGGCAAGAAGAAAGGCUUAUGAUUGGGUUAAAGAGACCAAUGCUUUGCUUGCAGAAGAAGAUAAAGAAAAGGCUUCAGAAAAACACAAUGAGAAAGAUUAUGAAGAAGAGAAACAAAAAUAUAAAGCAAGCCAGAAAGAAAAAGUAUCUGUAGAGGAUGUUUUGAUGUUAUCAAUUGAGAGUCUGGCUGAGAUAACAGCACGCUGCAUUGAGCAACUCCAUAAAGUAGCUGAGUUAAUCCUCCAUGGACAGGAUGUGGAGAAGCCAGCAUUGGAUCAGUCUAAAAUCCUCACUAAGUUAACUAUUGCAAUGUGUACGGAAGUGUCCUCCCUUUCUACGAAAUUUGCUUCCUGUUUGACUCAAGCAGGGGCUAAAAAGAAAGCAGAGGUUUUAAAUCCACAGAUAAAUACUAUAUUAUUGGAGGGCUCUAACAGUACUACCUACAUUCAAGGUGCAUUUCAAUUACUGCUUCCAAUUCUUCAGAUCUGCCACCUGCAGUCCAACACCAACAAAGUGGACAAAUAAACCAGAAAACCGUGUGACUAUCUUUGCAUUUAUUAACAGUAGAUUUUGAACUGCAGAAUUUUGGGCAGCCUGUUGCAAAGUUGGCAGGAACCUCAUUCUGCUCUAAACGGUUUACACUAAAAUUGUAGUAAAGAAAUACUAGUAGAAUUUCUGUUACUUUUGUAAGCAUAACUAUAACACCAAUUGCCUUAAUUCCUGAAAGAUCUAAGAUAAUACAGUGAAAUGAGUAGUGUUCUAUGGUGUACCAUACUCUUUGAGUAGCAAUGAUCACAAAUAAUACAUAUGUUAAAUUUAACUCCAGUCUUUGAGACAUCUGAGAGCAUUAGCUUUUACAGUAUUUGGAAAAUUCUCCAAUUUAAAAUUAUGGUUUAUCCAAAUGAAAAGUACUAUUUGUGAUAAUAUUCAAAUUGCACCAUUGCUACAAGAAUUUAGCUUUAAUUCACUUGAGACUGAAGAUGCACUUUUCUAUUUUAUAUCAUUAAAUACUAGACAAACAUCAUCAGUAAUAUUUAUACAUCAUUUCAAUAAUUUCAUCUUUAGGUUUGCAAGGAAAUAAUGAUUUGAUUCAGGAUGGGAAACAAGAGUGUUAUUUAUAAGAUUGUAGGGAAUCACUACAAUGCUUUAGAUGCGUUCAAUGAAUAAUGUGUGAAGGUUAAAUGUUACUGUAUAUUUUAAGUUUCUCUCUAAAAAAUUGUGCUGAAUAGCCAUUAUUAAAAUAUCAUUGAUGUAACCUACACUAACCUGAAAUGAACAAAAAUAAACUAAAUGCAUGUUGGUUAAAUACAUAAGGACUGAACUUCUGCAGAGCUGCCCUAAACUCCUAUUGUAACCUCAAUGAGAGACCAACAGAAUCUUAGAGAGUUUUCUGGAAAAAUGGCAAUUUCUCCGAGAUCUCUGCUUAUCACCAGUGAAUUUGUCAACCUGUUUGGAAAUUCAAUCAUAUAUUUCUAUUUUUUAUAAAAUCGAUAAUCAUUUAGAUCUAACAUCAUGGGCACAAAAGACCUGCACUUGGCUUCUGUUUGGUGAAACAGGAGAGGCAGGCACAUAUCUAAUUCUUCUAUGAGAAGCACAACAACCAUAAAACUAAAGAGAAAACCGGGCUGACCUUGUUACUGGCCCAUAUUUAUUUCCCUAAUUCCUUGUCAGAAGUUUCUGUUCAUCUCUUUGAUAACAUUGUCUCUGUAUUGGCUGGCUUAUUCACAGAAAUGGAGGGUAAUCUAAACGCAACACCUGGGAGCCACAGCAUUGUAAAGCAUAAUAUUUGUAAAAGUUCAGGAAACAUUUGUAACUUCUAGUUCCUCUUUCUGAUGAUAUUCGUAAUCAAUUAAGUGCAAUGCUUGUUUUUAAUUAAUGGUUCAGAUGCUGAAGGUGGUAUCACUGAAUCUAACAGUGAAAAGUCCCACCUUCAGUUUCUGGUCUCUUAGAGGUACUAGUGUUGUUCUAGUUUCUGGUCUCUUAGAGGUACUAGUGUUGGCCUAGUUCCACGCUGCUUCUUCCACUUGUUAUUCAGUAACUCCUAAUGGAGAUGCUUAUCUUUGAUGAGAAGAUAAUCAUGCAGUGAUUAAAAAACUGGUUGUCAUUUGCUAAUAAAAGGCUCAUAGAUGAUGAAUGGAUAAAUGGCUAAAGCAGUGAGGUCAGCCAGUGCACGUGAAAUCAUGUUAAGGAGUCUAAAUGUCUCCAGUUUUGUUUUAAAAUAUGAAUGGCAUAUGACUGUAUUAUGUACAGUCAUAUAAAUUUUACAUGCUUUUUUGAAUUAAAUUGAUUAAUUAUUUAUUGUUUAAA